AUUCGUCUCGCAAAUUACUCUCUAGCUAUGUUCUUAAUUUUUAUAAAUAAUCUACAUUUAGUAUUUUAUAUGUGUCCAAACAUUCAAUAUAAACUCUCCACGCAGUUACUGUACUAUACUAGUGUACCCUUCAGUUACUCCCAUUCACCGCUCUCCACCUGCCAACCUCCUGAAUACCCGAUCGAUCCCGACUUGCACCUCAACGCAACGCAACAGAAGCAAACACGCAGAGAGAUAACCGAGAGUCCGAGACAUGGCCAGCAAGGGCAGCAUCGCCUUCGCAAUGCUCUGCGUCGCGCUGGCGCUGGCGCUGCACGCCGCCACAGCGGCUGCCAGGACCGUACCGGCGGUGACGGGCGUCUCCUCCACGUCCACCGGCACCACCUCGCUACCGGCUGCGGCGGCCAGGACCGUGCCCGUGCCUGGCGGCGUCUCCUCCACGUCCACCGGAGGCACCGCCUCGCUCCCGGUCCCGGCUGCGUCGGCCGGCACCAAGAACGACCACAACACUGGCUCGGGCGGCGCCGGCGUGGCGGACAAGAAGAACCUCUUCGUGGGCGUGGGCGGCAUGGGCGACCUCCCGGGCUUCCCGGCCGUGGGCGCCGGGUACGGCGUCGGCUUCGGCAACAACGGCGGGGGCGUCUUCAGCGGCGUCACGGGCCCGCUGGGCGGCGUCGGGGGCGGCGUCGGAGGCGUCGGCCCCCUUGGUGGCGUCGGCGGCUUCGGGCCCCUCGGCGGCGGCGGCGGCGGUAUCCCGUUCGGCGGCUUCGGUGGCGGCGGCACCCCCUUCGGCGGCGGCUACGGCGGAGGGGGCGCUGGAGGCGUCACGCCGUGAGCUGGCCUGCGGGAGGCAUGGUAGUGACGUCUGGUCGUGAGCGCACCGAGCAAGGGUGCAUGGCGUUCGCACGACCUGGUCUAGUUAGAUGCAAUCGUGUGUUGCCGGUGGUACGUGAGCGUGGCAUGUAGGAGCAACAAUAAUAACGUGCUUUGUAGCGCUGUCUGUGCGGCAUGUUCGUGUGUUCCUGUGUGUGGCUGCAGUGCGCAGAGAGGUUGGAGUCUGUAAAAGUUAGGGCUCCCGAGGUCCGAGUCCGGGAGUGUGCUUGUGUGUGAAUCCAGCUUAUGUGUGUGCUCAUGUACCAGCCGCGUGCUAGCUAGCUGCAAGUACUUGUUAAAUGUGAUGUGCAUUUGUGCUCA